AUGCCUCCUCCGUUCCCCUCGUCCCACCGGGGAAUGACCAAAAAUCCCGUCAAACCUAGUCGCUACCGCCCUGGAAAGGCUAUCGCAGAGGAGCACUCAUCCGAGGAAGAGGAGGAGGAAGAAGAAUACGAUGAAGCUGAACGGGAGGCGCGACGAGAACAAGAGCGGCGCAGACGAGCCGAGGCAUUGCGCCGAGCAAAAGCGCCCAAAGCGAGCUCAUUCCCAGCCUCUGCAGUAGCAACCCAAAAUGCCGAAGAGGAAGAUGAUGAGGAAGGGUUUGUCACCGAAGACGAAGAAGAUGACAAGCCCGCUGCACCUGCGCCGAAAGCAGUACCGCAACCUACGACUGAUGAUUUAAAACCUACUGUGCCCACAACGGCCGCGGAGAGCGCUGAAGAAGAAGAAGAAGAAGACGAAGAAGAAGAAGAAAGCUCCGAAGAAGAGAGCAGUUCCGAAGACGAAGCACCACGCCGCGUGCUCAUGCGUCCAACAUUCAUUAAAAAAGACCAGCGCAACACCGCAUCCACACUAGCCGGGCAAACAAAAGCCCAAGCGGACGCAGAUCGCGCCGCCGAAGCCGAAGCCAAACGCGCCGCACAACGCCAAGAAAAAGCAGACAACCUAAUCCGCGACCAACUUGAAAAAGAAGCGAUAGCCCGCUCAACCGCGAAUCGCGCCUGGGACGACGACGAGCUCAUCGAAGCCGAAGACGAAGAAGCCAUCGACGACACAGACGGUCUAGACCCCGAAGCCGAACGCGCAGCCUGGACACUCCGGGAACUGAAGCGCGUGCAGCGAGCUCGGGAAGCGAUCGAAGCGAGCGAGAAAGAGCGCGAGGAAAUUGAGCGCCGUCGGAACCUUACAGCUGAGGAGCGGGAGCGCGAAGACAGCGAGUUCAUCGCGAAGCAGAAAGAAGACCGCGAUGCUACGCGUGGACAGACGGGCUUUAUGCAGCGGUAUUUCCAUAAGGGUGCUUUCUUCCGUGGGGAUCUUGAGGCGGAGGGUCUUGAUCGUCGGGAGCUUAUGGGUGCGCGCUUUGAGGAUGAUGUCAAUCGUGAUACGUUGCCGGAGUACAUGCAGGUGCGGGACAUGACGAAGCUUGGAAAGAAGGGUCGGACGCGCUAUCGGGAUCUUAAGUCUGAGGAUACGGGGCGGUUUGGGGAUGGGUUGGAGAAUAGGCGGAGGAGGGAUGGGCCGCCUCAGGGUGUUACGGAUGAGCGGUUUAUGCCUGAUCACCAUCGGGGUGGCGAUGAUGGGGAUCGUGGACCAACUGGUGCUAAUGCUAGUGUUGUUCGACCUCGGUAUAGGUCGAGAUCGCGUUCGCCGAGGCGGGACAGACGUGAUGAUAGAGACUCCGGUCGGGUCGAGCGCAGUCGGUCUAGGGAGAGACGGAAGCGGAGUCCGUCGCCCUAUGAUGAUCGGGAGAAACGUCGGCGGGUAGAUAGUUCGUGA